CGAUAGCCGUUUGCUGCGGUGUUUUCGAGCGCGCCCCUCCAACGCCCCAUAACUUCUUUUUGGACGUGACCGGAUUUUCGCUCGCCUUCAAUCCAGAGUCACUGCAGCAGAUAAGACAGGAUGUACCUGUUGCGAUGCGCGAGCGAUGGGCACAAAGGGCCGCGGAUGGCAGGUGCCCCUUCGCAGGGGUCACGAUUCCGUGAGGGCUCUUUGCGCGAGGGUUCAUAAUCGCCCAUCUUAAGGUACACAUUAUAAUUAAGGCAACACGUUCACUCUACAAUACCUUGUAACUUGACAACCAAGGACAACCAAGGACCAGCCGCUUAUAAUCACUAGGGUUGCGCUCCAGUCGGUGUCUUGUGAGCGUUGAUUCCUCGCUGAAAGCUUUAUCUUGAGCACCAUACUAGUUGAGUCGUGAUUGCAUUCGCAAGGGCAAAAUAACCCGAGGCUUGUGACUACAAUCAACAAACGGCAAUGCAGUCGCGCCAGUGCUUGAACCGCAAGGCCAGCGGCGCGCGGCCCUGCGCUAACUCGCGCAGCCUCACAGCUCGCGUACUCGCUACGGCCGCGCCUGUCGCGCCGUCCGCCACACCCGCCUCCGCCCCCCUGCCCCUCCCCGAUGGCGUUGGCGAGCACAGCGGCCUGAAGCACCUGCCCGAGGCCGCCCGCACUCGUGCGCUCGACAAGAAGGCCAACAAGUUUGAGAAGGUUAAGGUCGAGAAGUGCGGCUCGCGCGCCUGGAACGACGUGUUUGAGCUGUCUUCCCUGCUGAAGGAGGGCAAGACCAAGUGGGAGGACCUUAACCUCGAUGAUGUCGACAUCCGUCUCAAGUGGGCCGGCCUGUUCCACCGCGGCAAGCGCACCCCCGGCAAGUUCAUGAUGCGUCUCAAGGUGCCCAACGGCGAGCUCACCGCCGCGCAGCUGCGCUUCCUGGCCUCCUCCAUCGCGCCCUACGGCGCUGACGGCUGCGCCGACAUCACCACCCGCGCCAACAUCCAGCUGCGCGGCGUCACCAUGGAGGACUCGGAGACGGUCAUCAAGGGGCUGUGGGAUGUGGGCCUGACGUCCUUCCAGUCGGGCAUGGACUCCGUGCGCAACCUCACCGGCAACCCCAUCGCCGGAGUCGACCCACACGAGCUGGUGGACACGCGGCCGCUGCUGCGCGACAUGGAGGCGAUGCUGUUCAACAACGGCAAGGGCCGCGAGGAGUUUGCCAACCUGCCGCGCAAGCUGAACAUCUGCAUCUCCUCCACCCGCGACGACUUCCCGCACACCCACAUCAACGACGUUGGCUACGAGGCCGUGGCCAAGCCCAACGGCGAGGUGGUGUACAAUGUGGUGGUGGGCGGCUACUUCUCCAUCAAGCGCAACAUCAUGUCCAUCCCGCUGGGCUGCUCCAUCACCCAGGACCAGCUGAUGCCCUUCACUGAGGCCCUGCUGCGCGUGUUCCGGGAUCACGGCCCGCGCGGCGACCGGCAGCAGACGCGGCUGAUGUGGCUGGUGGAGGCGGUGGGCGUGGACAAGUUCCGCCAGCUGCUGUCGGAGUACAUGGGCGGCGCCACCUUCGGCGAGCCCGUGCACGUUCACCACGACCAGCCCUGGGAGCGGCGCAACCUGCUGGGCGUGCACCGGCAGAGGCAGGCCGGCCUGAACUGGGUCGGCGCCUGCGUGCCCGCGGGCCGCCUGCACGCCGCCGACUUUGAGGAGAUCGCGGCUGUGGCUGAGAAGUACGGCGACGGCACGGUGCGCAUCACGUGCGAGGAGAACGUGAUCUUCACCAACGUGCCCGACGCCAAGCUGGAGGCGAUGAAGGCGGAGCCGCUGUUCCAGCGCUUCCCCAUCUUCCCCGGCGUGCUGCUGUCGGGCAUGGUGUCCUGCACCGGCAACCAGUUCUGCGGCUUCGGUCUGGCUGAGACCAAGGCGAAGGCCGUGAAGGUGGUGGAGGCGCUGGACGCGCAGCUGGAGCUGAGCCGGCCCGUGCGCAUCCACUUCACCGGCUGCCCCAACUCAUGCGGCCAGGCGCAGGUGGGCGACAUCGGGCUGAUGGGCGCGCCCGCCAAGCACGAGGGCAAGGCCGUGGAGGGCUACAAGAUCUUCCUGGGCGGCAAGAUCGGCGAGAACCCCGCGCUCGCCACCGAGUUCGCGCAGGGUGUGCCGGCCAUUGAGAGCGUGCUGGUGCCUCGGCUAAAGGAGAUUCUGAUCUCCGAGUUCGGUGCCAAGGAGCGCGCCACCGCCACCGCCUAAGAGCGUGGUGUCACGAGCGUGGCGGCAGUGGAACGUGCUUGCAGCGUUGGUGUUUGGAGCGAGCUCCUCAGAGCGUGAGUGCCUUGUUGAACACGCCGGCGUUGCGUGAUGGGAAGGUGGGAUUGGUGGUCGCCCUGAGGUGCAUGAAGCAUGCAGGGCAGGGGAGUGGGAUUGGUUGGAGAGGAAAAUGAGUAGGAGUGAUGCGCACCUGCGGCUGCCUAUAUAACAUAAGGAAGUAAGCGUGAUGGAUGCACGGGCUGUGUUUUGCUUGAAGCGGCAGAGCCCUGCAGGAGCCAGACGGCCGACAUGUACUGCUAAGGCAGGAGCCAGUUCCUGCGUUGAGAAGAAGCGUGCUUGCUUGCCGGCGGAGGCCGUCUUGCGUGCCAUACCAGGGCACGGCAGCGCUGGAAGACUGCAUGCGACGCAGCGAUCGGAGCACGCUGUGGUUCUUUACCCUCGUUUUACAUAUGCGUUGUCGUGUUCCUUGUGUGUAUGUACGUGUGUGUGUGUGUGUGUGUACGGUGUGUAUACGGCGUGCGGGGCAGGCAGGCGGAGGCUGCAAAGGGAGCGCAGAUGCGCAUCCUUAGGGAAAGGUACGUAGGAGCCGCCGCUGCGUGUAUGUAUGUACUAGCAGCUAGAUAUGCACGUGGUGACCUGCAGCGCUGUGCUCAAUGCGUGCUGUGGCACCAGCGCAGGGGCAAGAAGCGUAGGCAUUUCGGUAGUACGGUAUUGUGUGCGCGUGCUGGCGCUGGGAGGCGGUGCAGUGGUGCAGGUUUGUUGGCGCCGGCCGCUGCACCUGCUGCGCUUGCGACUAGGCAGGCGCCGUACGGUAAUAGGGGUUGAGGCACAUUGCGCAUGCAUUUGUCUAGAUAAUGGUAUGCGGCGCCGACAAGUGGCAACUAGCGUUAGGGUGGCUUGUCUGUACUAAACCACGGCCCAUACCGCAGUGCGGCGUGUGGCUGCAACACCCGUGCCGGCGUGUAGGAGGAGCUGACGUGUGAUCUAGAGUGAAUACCAAUGGUACUGGAAGAGGUAACAGACUUUGCGACGAGCGUUGCAAUGCGAGGCGCCCGCCGGGGCAGGCGUGCACACAACCACCUAGAUGGCUGCAUCCCGGGCGAAUGUAACAACACCGGAAG